AUGCCGCUUCUGACAUUUACAGGAGAUAACGUGGCAUCCGAACGACAAGAUGACGAGUUUGAAAAUGUCGGUCUUGUCAAGUUCAACUUGAAACAGAAAUCUCAACGCCACUUGAAAAAUAAUAAACGUGGCGCGCGCAAGCCCCCAAUUGAUGUGACUGUCUUUCAGAACUUAGACCUCGAAGUGCCAGACACUCGCGAAGAAGCCAAUAAUAUGGUUUCUACGCUCCUUCUGGACCAACAGGGGGUCUUACAGUAUUAUCUCGAUAUCCUUCGACGUCCUCAGAUAUGUGAUACUCUUCACAAGAUUUAUGCUCCUUUGAGGUCGCGUACCACACUGCCCUCCGAGAAUUUCAAAGGAAAGACACUUGCUGUAAACGAUGCUCUUCAACAGAGCGAGGAACAACCUUCCGCGUAUCCCAUUGUUCAGCCAAUGAAGGCUGCAUUGUACUUCGAUAGCGCGGCGGGCUUUGGGGAAUGGCACGUGCUGAUUUCCACUCGUGCUGACCGGAAUCUACGAGAAACAUGCCGAAAAGAUAAAAAAUCAUUCAAUAUCAUUGUGAAAAAAAUAAAAGAGCUCUCCAAUGGCCACUUUUCGGAGGAUAAUCAAAAGAGGCUAGCAGGUUCUGACAAUGGCAUACCGAUUUUCGAAGCGAAAAUGACUCGUGAUUCACGUCUUGUGUAUCAAAUUGAUUGUGUCCCAGAGUAUGAUAGCGAUGUCGAGAGGCAAGUGAUCCGGAUCUUUGGCAUAUACACCCACGCACAACUGGAUAAUCGUCUAUGGGACUCUAUGUCGCAUCAGCUAAUGAAGCGAGGCAAAGAAUAUAAACAUCGCUGUACUUUCCGUAACCGUCCUCGUCAAGUUGGUGAUAAUGUGAUCAUGCCUGCAUCGUUCCCUCCCCAGGAGGCAGUUGAAGAAGUUGUGUCUGGUCUCGCUAUUCCUAUCCCGAGCGAGUACUUAGAGGAGCUUCAUUCCCUUUUAGUCCUAGAGAAAUUCGUUACUUUAUCACAGGCCCUUUUGAUCAGUCUGUCAUUUCCUCACGUUUUUUCCGUAUCGCCGAAAGAGAAAGAAAUCAUAGAACACACGUCGUCAUGUUUUGUUCUAGGACGAAGCGGAACCGGGAAAACAACCACGAUGUUGUUUAAGAUGCUUGGUAUUGAGCGGUCCUGGCAACUUCAUUCUGCGGGUCGCGUUGAAGAGUAUUUUACAAAGCUUAUGCAAUCUUUAGCGUUGCAGGGAACAUCAGCAAAGGAGCUAAUGGAAAUUGUAAAGAAGAAAGUUGGAGCCCAGCAAGCCAGCGAGCUAAUGAUAGAUGUGGACGAUGAGUCGGAUUGGCGAUCUGACCUACCGCGGCAUUUUAGUCAACUUCAAGAUGAGCACUUCCCGCUGUUCAUUACUUUCGACCGACUUUGCAUGCUCCUGGAAGCGGAUGCAAGACUCUCGUACAAGCAUACUAGCGAUUCCCCUGGCCUGAUAGAGGCUUGUUCUUCACCAUCCCAGGAUAAUGAUGACCGUUCUACGAUUUCGUACGAUACUUUCUUCGAUGCAUACUGGUGUCACUUUCCACAGUCUUUGAUAAAGGGACUAGAUCCGGCUUUAGUGUUUAGCGAAUUCAUGGGUACGAAUAAGUGUCUAAAUGUCGUACCAUCAUCUUCAAUAUUUGACCACGAAUUAGGUGUCAUCAAGGGUUCAGAAGAAGCGCUGUCUACUACGGAACGCUUUCUCGACCAGAAAACUUACGUUAAACUCAGUCACCGAUCUCAAUCGACUUUUUCUAUGCACAGAGAUGUCAUAUACAAAUUGUUUGAACAGUACAUGAAACGGAAGAAAGGGCGAGGAGAUCAAGACAUGGCUGACAAGUCCCAAGCAAUACUGGACUUUAUCUCACGAGAAGGAGUGCCUGGAGAGCGAAUUGACUUUUUGUAUGUCGACGAAGUACAGGACAACUUACUGAUUGACAUACCAUUAUUGCGGGCAUUGUGCAAAAACCCGGACGGCAUGUUUUGGGCAGGAGAUACGGCGCAGGCAUUUGGAAGUUCUUUUAAAUUUGAUGCAUUGAAGGCGUUCUUGUAUAGGAUCGAGCGUGAAUUCGAACAGAAGAACAAGCAUAUCCGUCCUCAGCUUCCACCUCGCUCUUUUCAACUUGCUGUCAACUAUCGUUCACAUGGGGGCAUUGUAGGAUGUGCUCAAUCAGUUAUACGCCUUAUCACAGAAUUCUUCCCUUACUCGAUCGAUAAACUUGCUGAUGAGAAAGGCAUUAUAGACGGAGCAAAGCCCGUUCUCUUCGCUGGAUGGGACGAGAAUACAGUCCGUUAUGAAUCGUUCCUGUUUGGGGACCGUGGUACCAGGAUUGAAUUCGGUGCACAACAAUGCAUUCUUGUUCGCAAUGAGGUUGCGAAAGAGAAGUUACGCAAGGAAGUUGGAGAUGUGGGUUUAAUCAUGACAUUGUAUGAAAGCAAGGGCUUGGAGUUUGAUGAUGUUCUGCUCUACAACUUCUUUGAAGACUCCACCGUGGAUGUGUCGCACUUCCGAAUAGUACUCAAUGCACUCGAGGAUAGGGAUCUGCAAAAAUCAUCAUUAUCAGCACAUCGUUUUGACGAGACUCGUCACGCGGGAGUCUGUAGCGAACUCAAGUUUUUGUAUGUUGCAAUCACACGCGCGCGAAAGAACCUAUGGAUUGUGGAUUACUCAAAGAAAGCAGAACCUAUGAAGAUUUUCUGGACUUCUUUGGACCUCGUACAAAUUUGCACGCCGGGCGCAGAUGUGCCACAGCUGGCUGUAUCAUCUACUCCAGAAGAAUGGAGAAUCUCUGGCAGAAGUCUUUUCCAGCACAAGCGUUACUAUCAAGCCAUGCAUUGCUUUACGCGAGCUGGCCUCGAACGUGAAGCAUCUGUUACACAUGCGUAUCAUCUCCGUGAGCUGGCUCGUGGCCAUCCACUAAUUAGCCUAAGGCGCUCAGAAUCGUUCUUGGUUGCGGCUGAGGCAUUUCUCCUAUGUACCCAGUCUUCUAAAGCACCCAAAGAGAAGAGGGCAUACUUUAAGGCAGCUGCCGACUGCUUUGUGCACUGUGGAGAUGACACAAGAGCUGCGAAAGCUUUUGUAGAUGCAUCGGAGUUCACACUUGCUGCUCAGCAUUACAGGAAGGCUGGCAAGUUUCAUGAUGCAGUUCAGGUCAUUGAUGCCCAUCGGUCACAAAUGAACGAAGCUGUUGUUGACAAAAUCAUCCAAGUAUCACGCCUGUAUUUUGUGAAGGAGAGUAAACUCGACGACGCUAUCAAACUCUUCAGCUCCUACGAGGAGGGAUUAGAAUUCUUGGAAGACUACGAUUUGGAUGUGGCCCGAGCGACACUACUAGAGAAAAUGGGUAGAUUAGCCGAGGCUGCUGAACUUCAUCUUGCCGAGGGCCGACAACUGGAAGCGAUCAGACUUUUCAUAGCUGAUCGGGAGAACAUAGACUCAGAAGAUCGAGCCAAGAAGUGUUUAGUGGACUGUUUAUGGCAGCAGUUAUCAUUUGGAAGAUCAAAGUCUGCUGAUAAUAGUCAUUUACAUGCUCUUCAAGAGUUGUUACAUCGGGUUAGCGACUCGCGUGCGGAAGCCGCAGAAAUGGCGGAAGAUAGCGAAGUGCUGAUGUUCAAAGCGAUUUCAGAUGGGAAUACAGCCCAAUUACUGAAGCUUGGUCUAAUGUUCCAUGGCGAUCGGAAUGCCGCUGCAUUGCUCUGUCUAGAUAAUGCAUUCGUGUCCAUACCAAAAAUCCAGGUAGCAAAAGGCUCAGAAGUGUCGUCCAGUCUUGGGUUGUUCCAUAUUUAUACGAAAGUCCUUGGCGAAGCUGCGCGUCAUCCGGAUCCAUAUAGCAACGCACGCAUUCAGAAACUUUUGGACUUCCACGUCUUGGCAGAAGGCCAGGUUUUGGUAAAGAAGGAAACAUUCCUCCAUGAUCACUGUAUGCGCAGGAAUUCACCUAUAAUCCGAUCCGAUGAUGGCGACUUGAUUAUGUCUCGGUGGGACUUCCUCGUCAUAUACAGAAAUGCCCUGUCAGAUCGUCUUCGAACACGGGUGCUCGCAGAAAAUGGUAUUUGCGAAAAGGCCAAAGCUUUGUUUCCUUGCCUCUCAUUUGCCGCCUUCAAGUACUGCAAUAAUCAACAAUGUGAUCGCGACCACCUUGAUAGUCCUGCUCUCACGAACGAAGCAUAUCACAUGCGAGUACAGCUACACUUGCAGCAAGUACUUAUUGUCCAAUCGUUACAUUUUGUAAUGCGAGGAGAUGAAACCCGAAGGUUACGGAUUGCGUGGAUCACUCGCUUGUACGAAGCUCUCAAUCCUCCUUACCACAUGUUAGGACAUAUCUCCAACCUCGACUUGACUCGCAUUCCUGAUGCCCAACAAGGAUGCCAAGUGGUCAUAGAUUGGCUUCGAGACUUGCUCUAUACCCUUGACCCCCGGGAAAACAAGCCCACUUUUCUGUCUAUGGCAUCCAUACUGGCCGGUCUGAGCCUCGACUUUGACUCGGAUGCCGCUUAUAGUUACGUCCGUCAGGCUCCAUUCGCAGCACCAAAUGGGCGACUCCCACCAGAACUAUUGCGAAACAAAAGCGCUUUUUACGUUAUAAAUGACCUCAUCGAGUUCCUGGAGGACAAAAAGCAGUAUUCGUUAACGCUUGGGAUAUUAUUUCUAAACCAUGUACUGGACAACACUUUGUGUUUCAGUCUAGAUAUAUUAUGCGAUUAUACUGAUCAUCUGUGUGCAUCGAUUGUUGUGCACUUCCUACACAGGAAAUGGUCGUCACUCCAUGGCAUCACCCUUCCUCGUAGCUAUUUGAUCCGUGCCUUAAAACGCUUUGACAGAACACCUCGAGACACACACCUUAUGGAGUUAUUUUGCAGAUGCCUGGGUGAACUAUUAGGGCGGGUGUUUACUACUAUCGACUCGGACCAUCUCGUUUAUGAGGGUCAAAGUAUCUGGAAACAUAGUGAUCCGAUACGUAACGCUUUUAUAGCUCGAAUAUGCAUGUGCCUUCUUGGAUACAACAUUCGUGAUAGAGAUGAAAGGCUCAGAAAGCAAAUCUUCACAGCAAUCACCACUUUACGGAAGGAUGGGCGAUUUCUCCCUACGAUCUGUUAUCGGUACAUUUCUGCCCGAGGAUGGGAGGAUCUCGCACGUCACGUAAGACAAUCCGCUAGAGAUUCAAACCUAGACGAAAUGGUACAGCUCCAUGAUCUCAGUCGGGUGCCAUUGCCCAAUUACACCGUCUCUGGGGUCCGUUUGGUGGCAUUCAAGCGGUCUGAUGAUAUCGUUUCCCUACUCACUAGCCCUGAGACAUUAACAUCAAAAUCGUCGACGUUGAAAGCUACUGCAGCGGCCUUCACACCGCAGCAAACCAUCUCCAGUCCGGCCAAAGCUGCGCUUGCUCCAUUCGCUGAGGACAAUCCCGUUGAGGAAGAGGACAAGCAUGACGUCGAAGAAACUGAUUUGGAUGUGGUGGGACAAAAUCCCGAGGGCCAGGAAAUCAUGGGAUAUCAGACAUACAAGAACAGUAAUACUGAUGCUGCAUUCUCAGAGGAACAUAUCAAAGCAGCGACUACCUUCAUGAUAUUGUACAAGCAACUCCUACGCAGGCGCCGCAAAGCACCAAAACAUGGCCUUGCUUCUCACAGAGCACAGGUCUUCACCACGUAUCAGGAUGCCUCUUGCACUAUCGAGUGGCCCAAUGGCUACUACCGACUCCUUUUCUUAGGGCCUCUUCCUCAUAUCAUGGUAUGCCUAGAAAGGGUAGUCUCGUACGCGAAGACAGCGAAGGAUAACGUAAAGAAAAGGCUCACUCGGGUUGAACAUCAAGAAUUGGAAGAAGUUAGCGAGCGUCUCACAAAAAUGACUUCGUUGCUCAAAAAUUCGAAACGAUUGCAGAAGACCCUCGAACCUAAAUCAGAGUUACAUCGUCGACGAGACUUGCAGGAGUUGGAAUCCAGUGUAUCAGAGGUGGAGUUGCUCGUUCAACAGUUACCACAGGAAAAAAGGAUGGAGCUGCAGGAAGACUUGAAUUUAGGCUGGACGGGCAUUGUGAAGAAGCUUGUGAAAGUAAAGAAGCCUAAGCCACUGUUAGAGGUCGACGACAUUGAAGACGACAUGUAUUAG